UCUCGGAGCUGAAGAAUGCGGACAUGUUCCUUGCUAAUGACAUUUCUUAAAGGGAAUCCAAAGAUAUUGAAGAAUGGCCACCCAUUCGCUUGGAGCUCUUCAGUUCGAUUCCUAAUUGCCGCUGUAAAGGAUUGGCCAGCUCAAGAGUUUCCAUUUGCAGUGCCAAUUAUGGCAACAGGUCUCUACAUAUGCAUAUUGUUCCUGUCACUGGCAUUUAUUAUAUUUAUAAAGAUAGCGUGCAUGGCUGUUGCAAGUGCGAGCCGUCGCAGGAAUACUGAUCGCCAGAACAAUGUGGAGCUGGGACGCCAGCACAACCGCUUUGGCGACAUUUUCUAUAUCGAGCCCAACAGCCAGGAAGCGGCACGCAUACGCGAACAGCUGGAAAAGGAUGACAAGGAGCUGCCCAGCUAUGAUGAAGUGAUGCGUAUGUGCAAUUUGACAACGCCCACGGCCGCUGCAGCUCUGCCAACGCCAACUAUGGAGUCCAGUGCCAUUGGCAUUGCUGCAUUGCCGGCUCCGCCGUAUUCGGAGUGUGAUCCGCAUCUAACCGUAGAGAUACCAGCAGCCACAAAUGCCGUCACGGCCAGCUCGUUGGAACCUUCACCGUCCACUUCGCGUGCCGCUCAAAUCCCAACGUAGCAAUGGUACAGCUGAUCCACUUGCACGCCACAUCCAGCACACACACACACACACACAUGCCCACGUGCUAGUGUGAAAAUCUUUGGAUGAAGCUGUCGUCACAGCAUUCCAGUGCCACUCUGGGCCACACAAAUCUCCAGUUUGUGUGCGCUUCUAUAUUGAGAAAUAAAAGUGUGAUUUUAUAAAGUAUACCUAAGUUUUAGACCGUAGGUUUUCGAUAAUUGUAUAUAUUUAUAAAUUUAAGGUGCAAUAAAUU